CUCAGACACAGUGGGCUCAUCUGUGGAGUCAAACUGGAGGACUACUGAAACUGAAUGUGGACUUUUUACUCUUUUGUCGGGAUAUUUACAUUUACAGGUGCAGCAGUUUGGUUUUCUACAGCUGUUGACGCACGGUGAAGAUAAACGUAGGUGGGUUUCAUUAAUGGUCCUGAACAAAGUCUAGCCUCCCCCUUGUCCGUGCAGCUGAAUCCCCAUCCCCGUGCACAAUGAGCGUGUGUGGCUGCAGCGCCUCAUACCUGCGGAGGUGGCUCCUGAUGGCUCUGUUGUUCUUGGCUGCCGCGCGGCCGUCGAGCGGUGACUGCCCCAAAUCAUGCGCCUGCUACGUUCCCACUGAAGUGCACUGCACCUUCAGAUACCUGACCGCAAUACCUGACCACAUCCAACCAGCUGUGGAAAGAAUUAACCUCGGGUACAACAGUAUAACUGUCUUGAGAGAAAGCGAUCUUUCAGGACUUGAAAACUUGGAGUUGUUGAUGCUGCAUAGCAACACUAUCCACAGUAUUGAGGACAGAACCUUCCAAGACCUCAAGUCCUUACAGGUCCUGAAGAUGUCCUUUAAUAAAGUAAAGGAAAUCAAGAAAGAGACAUUCAAAGGCCUGGAGAGUCUCCUGAGACUCCACAUGGAUCACAACCACAUUGAGUUCAUCAGUCCAGAGGCUUUCUAUGGCCUCACCAAGCUACAGUUGGUCCAUCUGGAGGGUAACCACCUCCAGCAGCUCCACCCAGACACAUUCAUCACACUGAGGCACAGCCAGGUGUUCAAGGUGUCCUCAGUGAGGAACAUCCACCUGUCAGACAAUCUCCUCACCACUCUGCCCGUAGAUAUUUUCUCGGGUUGCAGCCAGUUAGAGAAUCUCUUCCUUCAUGGCAACCCAUGGUCUUGUGAUUGCCGUAUGAAGUGGUUUGCAGCAUGGGCACAGAGGAACACAGGUGUACUGAAAUGCAAGCGAGACAGGAGAUAUCUGAGAGGCCAGCUGUGUCCUGUUUGUGAAGAUCCUGCCUCUUACCACAACAGACCUCUAUCCCUUCUCUCCAGUGACGCCUUCACUUGUGCCAAACCCUGGAUCGAACCCCAUCUAAAGUUGAAGAACAUCACUGUGGAUGAGGGAGACUUUACUCCAGUAUCCCCCAAGGACUUCAUUGCCCCAUUAGGGUCCAUGCAAUUGAACCUGACUGACCAUUAUCACAACGAUGCCAGUCUAUCCUGCACUGUCCAGAGGCCCUCUGCUUUCGAGAACUUGACACAAUCCUUGGAAGUGGAGGAGGCAAACAAUGUCACUGUGAUUACCACUGUCAUAACAACAUAUUUGGUGUGUAACAUUGACUAUGAACACAUACAGCAGCUGUGGCAGAUCCUGGCCACCUACAGUGACUUUCCCAUGACACUGGAGAGAGGCUUUAUGCUGGCAAGAAUCCCAGAAAUGAUAUUCAGAUAUAGUCAGAUGAAAACAAAGGAGGGAGAGGAAGGAAUUCACACAAACAUUGUGGCUGACAUUAAAGCCUCCCCUGCAUGGCUGAUGCAGGGAGAGAUAAGCUUUCAGCUUGACCGCACUACUACCACUUUCUCUACUCUGCACAUUAAGUACCAGUCUGCAGUCAACCUACGUGUGGAAAACACAGUACCCAAAAGGGACCGCUACUCCUGGACCAUGAUCAAGCGAGAUAACCAAACCAAGACUGAGCACGCUGUAGUCACAGGUGGUGUGGUGCAAUUAAACUGUCAAAUCCGGGGUGAACCAAAGCCUUUGUUGGAGUGGAUUUUACCAGAUGGAAGUAAGGUCAGAGCUCCAUACUCCAGUGAGGACAGGAGGAUCAUAAUCACUGCUGAAGGGAAGCUUACUGUACGAGGUGCAGAUGCCUCAGACACUGGCCUCUACCGGUGCAUCACCACAAACUACCUGGAUGCAGACAUCCUCAUCUUUCGAGUGACAGUUCUGUCCCCUGAUGUGGAAGAAGUUGAGGUCAACGGUGUCCAACUCUCAAGGCCACUGGGUGGAAAUCUGGUUUUGGACUGUAGCUCUUCAGGAAGUCCUGAGGCCUCGGCACAGUGGGCACUCCCUGACCAUUCAGUUCUGGAUAAGUCUCAGGGAAACAGGAAGGUGUUUGAGAAUGGAACCUUGCUGAUUCAGGGUCUCACAGAAAGGGACAGAGGAUUUUAUAGAUGUUUGGUUUCUAAUCACAUGGGAGUUGAUCUUCUUGUUUCUCAGGUAACAGUGACUGGAGAAAUGUCUGAAAAGAUGACUGUUUUGGACAAUGAGGGAUCAGGGGUAAAAAUGGAGGACAAGGUUGACCCUAGUUUGACUGAAAACACAGUCACACUCAACGAGAUCCCCUCCUCCAGCCCCUUUGACAAAACUAGUCAGGAAUCCAGGACCAUCACAUCAGAUCGACCUUACCCCAGACUCAGGUCAAGGGGCAGGGGAGGUGCCGGAGGUAGGCUGGGACAGAGAAGGAGGGGGCCAGUAAGCAACAGACGCAUCUGGGGUAGUAGGGUGUUUGAUAAAGCUUCCAGGAAAGUGGAUCCACAGAAAUUUGCUGAAUAUUUGAAAAAGGCUCAAGAUGGAACAAGAAUAAAGACUGGCACAAACGAGGGGGAAAAAUAUGAAGACUCAAACACUGGUCUUUCUGGUGAUGGUGAAAUUGGCUCUGGUGAUGACCAUGGUGAAGAUCAUCUCAUCAUUGUGCCAAGUACAGUCAAACCAACUACAGAUGAUCUACAGAAACACAGAAUAUUUGGACAAGAGAACGAGGAGCCUGAAGCUGUAACAGACAACAUACCAACAAAAGAGUUGUAUAUGCAGUCAGAUUCUACACCAAUUAGGUCGACAUUUAUACACCAUCCAACAGAAUGGGAUGAGAGUCAAAGUGAUGCAGUUACACCUUAUAAUAAAAUUUCAUACAACGCAGACCUUUCUAGUUUUGAUGAGACCAGUGAUUCUUAUACCCUGGACAGAACUACCAAGCCAGAUUCAAACAGGCGCCCAGUCACUCUCCAACUUACUGUGACAGACAUGUCACAAGAAACUCAGCUCCAGUUCUCAGGAGAACAACCUGCAGAGCCAGAGACAUCCACUGGAGCGGCGCUAUCAUUUACCACAGACCCUCAUGUCACUCCCAUGAGGGAUGGCCCAGGCCCAGUGGAGCUAGUCGUUCACACAUCCACAGAUCCAGAAAGCCAGACAACAUUCACAGCAGUCACAACCACAGAGAGGCAGCAAGAUGAGAUAACCUUCCACACUACCCAGACAAUCAAAUCCCCUCGCCUACCAGCAGGAUCCACCAUUAUCUCCCAGCAGCAAAUACAUAUCAUCCCACGCAAGAAUGGCAGAGGAGGGGGGCGCAGGAGGACCUUCCAAGGCCGCAGGAGGAUUGUUAAACCCAACAGGAUCACUGACAUACAGUCCUUCAUCAAUAAACUUAAACAGCCCUCUUUGAAGAAGGAAGGGAAUGCCACUGUGCCUUACAGAAUUGAGCUGACCACAGACUGUGACUGUGAUGAAGACAAAAAGAAGGCAGCAACUAGUCAUCUGCAGGUGGUCAAACCAACAGCUCCCUCCAGCUCAUCUUUGCACAUAACAGAGAGACCUGCCUCUUAUCAAAAAACUGCAGCUUCUAGUUCAAAAGCCCCCUCCGCCCAUACCGAGUCGAGGUCAGAGGCUUUCAGUGACUACAUAACCUCUGCUGAUGCUCCUGAGUUUGACCCUACAAUAGAUCCAUUUUUGAUAGACAAAAAAACAUCAGCCUCCACCACAACCACUACAACAACAGCCUCUAAGGUCAUCCGUGGAAAAAUUCCAUGGAACAGGCUGUUCGGAGGCAGAGAGAGAGAAGAUAUAUUGAGCAGGCUAAGGAAGCCACCCAAAAAAACCUCAACUACAGCUGAAACUACAUCAGCAACCCCAACCACAACCCCUGCCGCAAUACCCACCACCACUGCAAACUCACUUUCUGAACCUGAGACUCUGUCCCCAUCCAGACACACACAGAGCAAAGUGGGCUCAUUAGAUGAUGACUAUGGAGAAUCUUCCUCUGUAGAUUUUGAGUCCACAACACUGGGACCCAGCUUUCACUAUCAGAGUACUACCAGCCCAUCCUAUUACUCCAAGGCUGCAACCACUGUGGAAACACCACCAGAAUCACAGACUCUACCUUCCCCACCUACUGUCAGACCACCUUCAUAUGAAAAACCCGAUGACACUUUAUCAUCUGGGUCUGGGGGACUACCUGAUAAUUGGUUUGUGGUCAGACAGAGGCCUGGUGGGACUAGAGGACGGCAAGGGCGAAGAAGAAGGCCAUUAAGGGGUAGGAGACCUUUCAAGAAACCUGCAAUCACCAAAUUGCACCCUACUACCACAGCUGAGGCUUUAACUACAACUAUGGAAGCUACAGUGGAGACUACUACACUACCACAAUGGACUGUUUCACUCUACAAGCCCCUUUACAUACCAUCUAGGAAAGAGGACAGAACUCCAGUAGUUGUUUCCACUGACCAUACGUCAAAGGAAGAGACUGACUUAUAUGAGGAAUCUGACUGGAGCACAUCUAGCAAUUCACCAGCCUAUACUACAACCAAAACUCCUUUAAUCCCUUCCACCACACUGGCCCCCACCACUACAUUCAUGCCAAUUACCACACAAGUGCCCUACACAACAACUCGGACCAAAGAACACACCAAUAUCAGACCACCAACACAGCGGAACAGUGGUUACGCCACUCGCAGGCCGCCAAUGAGGAGAAUCAGACCUACUGUGCAGAGUAGUGUUGCCAGAGACAUUGCAAACAAAGGCCUUGACAUACUGGUCAUACUUAUAGGUGAGCAGGGAAACAUUAACGGCCCUGCCCCAUACGACAACAUAGGCUCACACAAUGCCAUCACUAGUGUUUAUGAUCGUGUCACUGGCAAUGAAGCUGGCUUUGAACCCACUACAGAGGCCAUGACAAGCAAACCUAAGAUAGUUGGGGGCAAUGCUGCUAGCUUCACUGUGUUAUCCAACUCAGACGCAUUCCUGCCAUGUGAGGCUGUUGGAGACCCUCAGCCAAGAAUAACCUGGAAGCGCCUCUCCCCAACCACAGGAAGCAGUGUUACAGUUAAUGGGAGGAUGGGCAAGUUCGAAGUGUUGAGCAACGGCACGCUGUUGAUCCAGAAUGCUAACAUUAAGGACCGUGGCCAGUACGUCUGUCUAGCUGAGAAUGAUCAUGGAUCAGACAAACUCUUCGUCACCCUCUCUGUGGUGGCCUACCCUUCACGCAUCCUGGAGCCUAAAUUGCGUGAGAUAAAGUCUCAUGCAGGAAAUACUGUAGAAAUGAAAUGUAAAGCAGAGGGUCGGCCCACACCCAUGAUCUCCUGGAUCCUGGCCAACCGAACCCAGGUCAGGGGUCACAACACGGAGAGGGAAAGGGUAUCUGUAUCUGCUGAUGGGACUUUGGUCAUUGAGCAGGUGUCUGUUUAUGACAGGGGUCAUUACAAAUGCAUCGCCAGUAAUCCAGCUGGAGCUGAUACUGCAACAGUCCGACUGCAGGUGGUGGCAGCUCCCCCCGAUAUCGUAGAGGACAAACGGCAGCAGGUGAAAGUAGGUGUUAGCCAAAACUUGUGGCUACCCUGCACUGGCCAAGGCAGCCCUCAACCUACUAUUCACUGGGUCCUCCGUGAUGGAUGGAUGGUGCGAGCCGACAGACCUGCCCGUGACACAAGGAUAUCAGUGUAUGGGAAUGGAACCCUACACAUUAAGGAUGUGACUAAAGCUGACAGUGGCAAAUAUGAAUGUAUAGCUACCAGCUCCACUGGCUCAGAGAGAAGGGUGGUGACUCUGACAGUAGAGAAGCAAGAGUCUGCACCUCAAAUAGUGGAGACAUCCCAGCGCAUGACACAGUUGUUCUUCGAGGAUCAGCUAAGACUCAACUGUUCAGCUAUAGGAGACCCCAAACCCAGGAUCAUCUGGAGGCUGCCCUCCAAAGCUGUGGUGGACCAGUGGCACAGGAUGGGCAGCAGAAUUCAGGUCUUGGAUAACGGUACUCUUAUUGUCAGCUCUGUGAGUGAUAAAGAUGCUGGAGACUAUCUCUGUGUGGCACGAAACAGAAUUGGUGAUGAUCUACAGCUCAUGAAGGUCAGUGUGUCAAUGGAGCCUGCCAAGAUAGAGCCCAAACUCUAUGGAAAGAAGCAGGUACCUUAUGGUAAGGACUUUAAAGUUGACUGUAAAGCCUCAGGAAUACCAAAGCCAGAGAUCUCUUGGGGCUUACCAGAUGGUACAGUGGUCAACAGUGCUUUUCAGUCUGACGCCAGCAGUGGAGGAGGGCGAGCACGGAGGUUUACACUUUUUGACAAUGGAACACUCUACCUAAACCAGGUUGGUAUGUCAGAGGAAGGGGACUACACCUGCUAUGCUGAGAACCAGGUGGGCAAGGAUGAGAUGCAUUUACAUAUCACCGUAGUAACCGCUGCCCCUAGGAUACGUCCAACUAGCCAGACAUAUGCCAGGGUGAAGCCUGGAGGCAACAUCCGCUUUGACUGUGAAGCACUUGGGGAGCCCAAACCCAAAAUCUUGUGGAUGCUGCCCACCAAUGAUGUCAUUGCAGCAUCUAAUGAACGCUACCUAAUGCAUGUCAAUGGCUCCCUGGAUAUCAGGGAUGUGAAGCUUAUCGAUGCUGGAGAGUAUGUUUGUAUGGCUCGAAACCCUGCUGGGGAAGAUAGAAAAGUCUACAAGCUUGAUAUAGAAGGGAAUCCACCAGUGAUCAAUGGCUACCGGCAGAACAGGACUGUAAUCAAGGAUGUGGCAGCUAAAUACUCUAGGAAAUUAAUAGACUGUAGGGCUGAGGGCGAUCCCACACCGAGUAUCACUUGGAUUAUGCCCGAUAACAUCUUUCUAACAGCACCAUACUUUGGUAGCAGGAUUAGUGUCCACCAUAAUGGGACAUUAGACAUUCGUAAUGUGCGGCCGACUGAUACAGCUGAGUUCAUCUGCAUGGCGAGGAAUGAUGGAGGAGAGGCCGUAAUGGUGGUGCAGCUGGAGGUGAGCAGUGUCCUCCGAAGACCAAUCUUCAAGAACCCUUUUAACGAACGUAUUGUGUCUAGAAUUGGAAAAACCACAGUUCUGAACUGUUCUGCUGAUGGAUACCCAUUGCCAGAAAUCAGUUGGACUUUGCCGAAUGGAACACGGAUUACGGGUGGUCACCACCUAGUUAACAAUGGGACUUUAGUCAUCCACAACACUGGCAAAGAAAAUGUUGGAAAGUACCGCUGUGGUGCCAAGAAUUUAAUGGGUUACAUAGAGAAGCUUAUAAUUUUGGAUGUUGGACAGAAGCCUUACAUCCUGACAAGGCCUAGGGGCAUUAUACGUGGUGUGUCUGGAGAGCCUCUCUUCCUUCAUUGUCUAUCUGAUGGGAGUCCCCGACCCAGAAUCUACUGGACCGUUCCUGGUGGCCACACUCUUACUCGCCCUCAAGUCCUUGGACGCUACCAGUUACUAGAGAAUGGUACUUUGGUUGUUCAGGAUACUACUCUCCACGACCGGGGGAACUACAUCUGCAGGGCUCGGAGCGAUGCUGGGGAGGCUGUGCUUAACGUCCCUGUUAUUAUCAUUGCCUACCCUCCACGGAUCACAACAGGGCCACCUCCUACUGUGAGGGCACUGACCGGAACACCUAUCCAGCUCAACUGUGCCGCUACUGGGAUCCCAAAGCCAGAGAUCACCUGGGAGUUGCCCGAUCGUACAGUUCUGUCAGCGGCACAACAGGGUCGGCCUAUGGGUAGCGAAUUGCUCCAUCCUCAGGGCACACUUAUCAUUCAAAGGCCCAAAGCCUCAGACUCUGGCACAUACAAGUGCCUGGCUAAGAACCACCUGGGUACAGACUCAAAGAUCACAUAUGUACAUAUAUUGUGAGAAAAAAGACAAGACUGAGGGAGGGCGGUGGCAGAUCCGAAUGUAAACAUUGACAGACACACAGUCAUUUGUGUCUGCAAGGUACAGUGCAUGUUUUCUCACAUGUGGAUUUGUGAGAAUCAGGGCUUGUGGAAUAUUGUUUUUAAAAGUGACAAAAGUGGAUUAAAAAUAAACAGAGCACAAGGAGAGAAAGGAAACAGACAUUUUAUAGGGAGAAAAACAUGUUUUUUUAAACUGGAAAAGCUAGCCUGGGGCCAGUAGUUGUUAUUGUAACUUUGGGACUGGGGGUCUGGAAAUUCAUAGGUGGUUCUCAUUUGGGGUAGUUCUCACGGGAGCCAGAAGGCCAGUGCAUAGAGGCAAACUUGAAGUGAUUUCUCUGACCAGGCAUUGCUGGCCGCACAUAGGGAUACCAUUACAGCACAUACAGAGACGGAGAAAAAAGUGUAAUAGAUUGAAAGAGUGAAAAUAUGCUCCCAAGAGGCUUUUAACUUCCUUCAGACGCUGGUCAGAAGUUGUUGCUGUCAUGACACAUUGCUUUGUCAUUUUAAAGCAAAUGAAAAAGACAACAAGCAGUGUAUAUAGUAAAAUAUCUUUCAAGAGUAAUUUGUGGAAUUUAACAGGAAGAAAAUAGAUUUUUUUUUUAAAUAUAUGAGGCUUGUUUUACACUGGAUACAUACCUGCAUGGACGGUACAAUGAACUUUAUUAUGCUUUUUAUAUUUUGAUGACAGUUUAAAGCAGAUUCCUUCAUGUCUAUUCACAGUGCAGUUCAUUGGUCAAAACCCCCAAAAACAAACAAAACACACUAUCAAUCUAUUGUGUUGUGCACAAGAAUGUACAGUAAUGUUAUACAUUAUGCUAAUCUGUAAUAAUACAGUAUAUGUAUGUCUAUUUGUAGUAUCUACUUUAUCAAAGUAUGGGAGACAAAAUGAAAUUUAAA